AUGGUACUGCUCGUUUUGGCUGCCGGGGAGCCACCAGAUAGUGCUACUGACACCAGAUGCUUGCUCGUGUUUCCUGUCGCUUCAGCAAUCACGCUACUACCUCCAUGUAUUAUGUUGUCGAUUCUCUCGGGAACGCGGAUGAAGGCGAAGGAGGCUGCAUUGGCAAGGAAGUUGGGAAUCGAGAAGGCGAGUUCGGGCGGAAAUGACGUGAAGGCAAAUGUGUUGUUCGGAAAUGAAGAUAUGAGACUCCACGAGGAUGGUGAGGGGCCAUCUGGUGCUGCGGCCAUCGCGGAGGGAUGUCCAGUCGUUCACCGAAGCGUGAUAUCGAUGAUGACUAUAAAAGAAGAACUCGCAAAUGACAUCAAAUCUUCGGGCGGCGGCAAGGAUGAGCUCGAAGCUCUUGACGCUCUCGAACGGGAGGCUUCCGAAUUCAACAAGGAUAAGGAGAUUGAUAGAAUCUUACAUGCCUUCCGCCUGGAUGCAUACGCCGUCCUAGACCUACAACCUGGCGUUCCAGACUCUGAUAUCAAGGUCUGCUACCGUAAGAAAUCUCUGCUCAUCCAUCCUGACAAGACGUCCAACCCUUCAGCGCCGGAAGCGUUUGAUCGGCUCAAGAAAGCCCAAAAUAGUUUGAUGGAUGAAAAGGAACGAGCGAAACUAGAUGAAGCCAUAGCAGACGCCCGGAUGCUGCUCAUGCGGGAUCGCAAACUCAACAAAGAUUCGCCGGAGGUGAAAGAACCAGAUGAGGAAUUCCGGGCGGCAUGGAGGAAAAAGACUGUUGACGUGCUGAUCGAUAAUGAGGCAAGACGGAGAAAGCAAAUGAAGGCGCAAAUGCAGGAAGAGGGUCGGGAGCAGAAGAAACAGGACGAUGAGGUGGCAGAGAGGAAGCGGCGGAGAGAGCAUGAGGUUGAUUGGGAGAAGACAAGGGAUGGGAGAAUUGGAAGCUGGAGAGACUUUCAGCAGGGAAAGGGGAAAGCUCCUAAUGCGGAGCAACCGAAAAAGAAGAAGCCAAAGAUGAAAGUUUUGGGAUGA